AUGGAUCCAUACUCGGCCGAAGGAGAAUUGAUCAACAUUCAUAAUCACUUCCACCAGGGACAGUACCAGGAAGUGGUCGACUUCGACACCUCGUCGCUGUCCUCAGAGAAUGAGCUCCCCGCCCGAAUCCUGAAGCUUCGCGCGCAGAUCGCACUCGGCCAAGCAAAAGAUGUUGUGGCUGAUGUGAAGGGAGAGAAGGAGCCUGAAUUAGUUGCGAUCGGCGCACUCGCAACAUACACCUUGGGCAAGGAGGAUGAUGCGGUGAAGACGAUCGAGAAGCUGGCCGAGUCGAAUGGCGACAAUGCGGUUGUACAAAUCAUCGGUGGCACAGUCCUGCAGGCCGCUGGCAAGUCAGAGGAGGCUCUUGCCUUGCUAUCACAGCACCAGGGCAACCUUGACGCCGUUGCUCUGAUCGUCCAGAUCCAUCUCCAGCAAAACCGGAACGAUUUGGCCUUGAAGGAGGUUACAGCUGCGCGGAGAUGGGCACAAGACAGUCUAUUGGUCAAUCUUGCAGAAUCAUGGGUUGGACUACGACAGGGCGGUGAGAAAUAUCAGCAAGCCUUCUACGUCUUCGAAGAAUUGGCACAAGCCCCGUCUACAUCGUCUCUCACAUCCCUCGUUUCACAGGCUGUGGCGGAACUACACCUUGGCCGUACAGAAGAGGCGCAGGCCGCACUGGAUCAAGCAUUGAAGAAGGAGCCUGGUUAUGCCGAGGCAAUUGCCAACUUGCUAGUCUUGACGGUGAUCACUGGAAAGGAUCCUAAGGAAUUCACUAGUACACUGCAAAAGGCCGCUCCUCAGCAUCCCUUCCUUGUCGAUCUCGAGGAGAAGAGCGCACUGUUCGACAAAGCGGCGACGAAAUACAGCGCGAAGGUGUCGGCGUAA